GACAAAACUCCGAGUUUACUUCGCAUACUAACUGUAAUUUUAAAUAUUUUGUGUUCUAGAAGGUCAAAGCUUGCCGAAAUGGACGUUGACAUAAAUGGUGUAAUUAUGGACAACGGGAGCCAGACUUCACCUUCAAGUAAACAAGUGUGCAAGAGAACACAGUAUGAGGACCCCUUCGCUCUACAUUCAUUGCUCUCCACUUCAGGGAGCCUCUUGGAUAAUGAGAGCGCACUCUUUCUGGGCCCAUUGAUGCCUCCCUUACGUAGCAUUGAGGACCAGUGUGAAGGCAGUAACCCACAGGGGGGCAGUGGCCGAGGGAUCCUGCAGCCCUCCAGUGUUCCCACCUCACCCCAACGGAGACAUAGCGGCGUCACUUCCCCGCCUCCCCUCUCCCCCACCCCCCUCGGCGCAUCAGCAGUUUCCACCUCGUCAGACCCUAACUUUCAUGCUACUAGCCUGCGGGAAAGAAAUGCUGCCAUGCUUAACAAUGAACUCAUGGCUGAUGUACACUUUGUUGUUGGGCAGCCAGGAAGUACUCAGAGAAUACCAGCACACAAAUACGUAUUAGCAGUUGGUAGCAGCGUAUUCUAUGCCAUGUUUUAUGGAGGCCUGAAGUCAGAAGACGAAAUUCAGGUCCCAGAUGUAGAACCUUCUGCGUUUCUAACUCUGCUCAGGUAUCUUUACUGCGAUGAGAUACGUCUUGAGCCGGACACUGUGCUAGCCACUCUUUAUGCAGCUAAGAAAUACCUAGUUCCUCACUUGGCCCAACAGUGUGUAAAAUUUCUCGAAGUCUCUUUAACAGCUCGUAAUGCUUGUCUCCUGCUCUCUCAGUCUCGCUUAUUUGAGGAACCUGAAUUAAUGACACGAUGUUGGGAGGUCAUUGAUGCACAGGCUGAGAUGGCACUACAGUCAGAUGGUUUUGUAGAUAUUGACUUUCCUACCCUAACAAGUGUCCUUUCAAGAGAAACGCUGAAUUGCCGCGAGAUCAUUUUGUUUGAGGCAGCUUUAUCAUGGGCCGAGGCAGAGUGCACUCGCCAGGAGAUCGAUCCCUCUCCCGACAAUAAACGAAAGGUGCUGAACUCAGCCUUGAAUCUAAUCCGCAUCCCAUGCAUGGAGCUCGGAGAAUUCGCAAACGGGGCGGCACAGUCGGGUAUUCUCUCCUUGCAGGAGACCACAGACCUCUUUUUGCACUUCACAGCUCGCAACAAGCCUGCUGUUGCCUACCCAGUUAAGCCGAGGCAGGGACUAAAGAAACAGAUAUGCCAUAGAUUCCAGUCAUCAGCCUACAGAAGUAAUCAGUGGCGCUACAGAGGGAGAGUUGAUUCAAUUAACUUCAUGGUCGAUAAACGAAUAUUUAUUGUUGGUUAUGGUCUGUAUGGGUCCUCGAGUGGUGCAGCUGAUUACAGUGUCAGGAUUGAGCUAAAGAAAUAUGGAGAGAUUCUUGCCGAGAGCACCACAAAAUUCUUCUCUGAUGGAUCCUCCAACACCUUCCAUGUUUACUUCGCCCACCCUGUGCAAGUGGAGAGGGAUGUGUACUAUACAGCUUCAGCUAUACUAGAUGGCGCUGAGCUGUCCUACUUUGGCCAGGAGGGCAUGAGCGAGGUCACCGUGGGGGCCGUCACGUUCAUGUUCCACUGUUCAUCGGAGAGCACGAACGGCACUGGCGUCCAGGGCGGCCAGAUUCCUGAGCUAAUCUUCUAUGGGCCGACAUCGGAUGCGUCAGAGAAGUAAUCAGUGUCGUCCUCUCAAACGAGCGGUGGCAAUUCUAGCUUAUUCAAUGGUUAUACCAUUAAAUGUAUCAUAGAUCCUUAAGGACACCUGUAUAUGGUGGUUUUAUUCUUCCUCUUUUAAUACAGUGUAUAUAAACCUUAUACAAUUAUGCAAACCGAUCAUGAUGGAUUCUUUUGGUUUGGGUAAUAAAAUUUGGGGUUUUUGAUAUCAUAAGUAAGUUGUGCACUGAUCGUCAAAAAAUCUGGUAGAAGUCAAAAUAGAGCAGUACUCAGCAAUAACAUAGCAAAGUAGAGGUAAACAGAUAGUGAUGUAAACUUGCAACAAGUCCAUUGUCCUACCAUUUUUUCUUCUUGAGAUCAAAGUAACAUAAAAAUGCAUCUUAUCCAUAAAAAUCAGUUAUGAUAUGUCUCUUCUUACCGUUCACAAUGCUUUUCCUCUAAAUAUUCUGUUCGAAAUAAUGGUAAUGCAUAUUAUUUAAUUGAAUGUUUCGAAUAAGAUAUUUAACGUAUGUGUUUAUGCUAAGGGAUUAUCUGAGACUUGACUUUUAAGUGGGUAAGCAUUAACUUGUAAUAAAGGUGUGCAUACUGUAAGCUAUACUAAACUGAAUCUCUUUAUAACUCAAAGCCUUGGAUUUAUAUCUUCAGUUAUCUCUACCUUCAUUUUUAUUUUAACUUAUCAGUCAAAUGUUAGUUUUGAUGGUAGAAAAUUAUAUAUCUAAAAUGACAUUUUGUAAUAUCGUUUUUAUAUAUUUUUCUUUCAGGAUUUCUGUAAAAAGAAAUGGGUAGAAUUUCAGUCAGGUGGUUGAUUUUAUGUAAAUUGUAUAUUUGUUUAUAUAAUUUGAUAUAAAAAGAGGAGGAUAUAUAAUGUGUGCCGAGUAUGUGUGUCCAAUGAUACCAAGAAAUACUGCUAGUUUCAAAUGAAAUCCAUUGUAGCUGUAUAUAUAUUUUUUUUAUUUUAUUUUUAUUUUAUAUUUUUUUGUUUUUUAAUAUACAAGACAUACUUUGUUAUUUUCAAAUGCAAAUUAAGUGUGGGAAAUGUUUUAAAAUAUAAGAGAAAAGCCACAUAGAGAAUCUCAUUGUGAAGAAGUACUUGCUUAAAGCAUGGUCCUUCUUUCCUCAAAUAUUGCUACAAGUCGUAAUUUGUUCAAUGCUCCACUCAAACUAAGGAAGAAAGCACUAUUUACCUAUAGCCCUCCGAUUUGUUAUCCAUAUGCAGCAUGCCAGUUAAUUGAUAUUAUCUUCAAUGUAAUCUCUGGAAUUAUUAAUAUAUUGUAGGAUGAAGUUUUUAAUUGCCGAAGCAUGGAAAUUGUGUCACUGAGAUUGUAUGUAUAAACAGUGACACUUCUGUAUGAGCAUUUUCUAUGCUGUAUUAUUGAUAUUUAUUUAGUUAAGUCUUUAAGACUUGGUAUCAACUUUUCUUAUGUAUAAAAUAUAUAUAUAAAUAAAACAUUAUUGCUGUAAAUAUAAACUUUACAACCUUAAGUACAUUUCUGUAUUUUUUAUGUAGAUAUGUUGAACACAGAGGAUUUUGUGAUAUGUCACGCAUAUCUUUUGCAUCGAAUGCAUGGUUCAAGUUAAAGAACUCCAGGUUUAAUUUAGCUUUAUGCAGCAGAAGUAUUGUAUGCAGAAUCGUGCAGAAAACUGGUAAUUGUACAGUAGUCAAUUCAUGAUUAUUAAUUAGAUAUAAGACGCAGAGAAAUCAGAAUCAAGAUACAAGCUUUUUUUCCUUAUCUAAAACGUACAGUAUAAGACCAUUACGAAAGUGAUGUUGUAUGCUAAAUAAUAGGAUCCAUCGUAAGUCAGUAAUAUGUGCCAUAAGAGUUAAGGCAAAAGAGUAAAAGUGUAUGGUGCAGAUAGUUUAGAAUGCUGUAGGAUUUAGUACUUAGAGAAUUGAAUCCUGCAGUUUAGAACUCUGACUCACUGGAGGGAAGGUAGAAGGGCCAUAUAUUCUAUGUCAUUUGCUACUGCUACAAACUUAAGAAUGUGGUAGGAAACAGAUAACAUAAAUAUGAAUCUAGGAGUACAUGCAUGUCAAUCAUAGUAUUACAUUAAAAGUCCAGUGGUCUCAACCUGUGCACUACGACACUGUAGUGUGUAGCUUAAUAUUUUGCAUUUGUGUAAUUUUUUUCCCAUCAAAUUUACUGCCUUUUUUGUAAAAAAAUGGAAAAUGUUGAAAGUUAACCUAAGUCAACCUAACUUUAAAAGUUUCUAAUUAAUUAGAAUUUAAUUAGUACCUUGCAAUAAUUUGUAAAUUUGCAAGGGAACAUUAUACCUACAUGUGUUUCUAACAAACUGAUAUUAGUAUGUUAACAGAGCAAAGAGUUUGAUGUGAUCUCGAAGUCUAGGAUAUGAUUAAUGUGUUGCCUGACUGCAAGGGGUGAGAACCACUGACAUAACCCAUGCAUUCUUAAUAAGAUAUUUUUGUGAAGUUUUGGGCUGAUAGAUAUAUUUUAAAAGUAUAAGAGCUUGCAAGCUGUGCGGUUCUUUUCGACUGGAUGAGCUAGACCAGAUAUUGCUGUUGCUGGGCUGUAAGUAAUAUGAGACUUCAAUACAGCUUUUUACAAAGCCUUGAUUAUAAGCGAGCUAAAAAGACAUUUUUUUAUCUCGAAUAUCAGGAUAAACUGAUCAGUAGUAUAAUGUGCUUGCCAACAAUUUGCUGCCAGACAGAGCCUUAAUCUCUCCCAAUUCUGUACAUCAAUGUGGUGUAAAUAUAUUACUGUUUCCUAGCUGUAUUAUAGGCUUUUUUGUUAGUAGGUCAGCAGUCAUGUUUUUUAACUGAGAGUUUAGCAAGAAUUCCAAGGUCAGAAGACUUUCAUAGGGUAUCCCCUUAUAAGGGCCAUAGGAUAUCAAACUAGGUAAGAUAACUUGCAUGUUCAUUUAACAUUCAUAGUAGCAUAAGAGAGCUUGUGCUACUUUUGAGAGUAAAGCUUUUGAUUCUCAUCAAGAGAGCAUUAUUGUAUAUUUUGCAAACAGCUCAUCUAAAGUAAAUGGCAAGAGAAGCCAUUGUUAUAAGCAAAAGGUAAUUUUUUACCUUUAAUUAACCAUGCUAUAUUAAAUCUUGAAUUGUGAACUUUCAGGAAUGGUAAUUGUUUAUACCAACUUUGCAGUGUUUUUAGUUGUAUUCCAUAAAUUAUUUCCUAAGGAUGAAAUCUGUCAAAAAUAUGUUUGUAUUAGAAAACAAUACACUUUUGAAAUUAUCCGAGUCCUUCACACUGGAAAUUUACUUGCAGUAUUUGUCAAGCAGUUUUAUCUCAGUAAUGUUUCAAUGCUUCCAACAGAAAAACGUAUUUUUUGCCAUGGUAGCCAGAUAUCAGACUUUUUAUAGUGGUGUAUUCAUCUAGGUAAGCAAAACAUUUUAAGACAAGAGUCAUGAACAUUCAGAGCACUUGUCUUUGAAUGUAACCAAUGACAGCUGAUCUUGAGUAACAGACUAUUUCAAAAACUUCUGAAGCAAAGAACAAUAUUAGACAUGUGAGUUACAAAAAACUAUUACCUUCAUGCUGUUUUAGUAUACAUUCAUACAAAAUGUAUUAUGUCCCACAUGUCUUAUAACUAGUUGAUUUUGUGUGCAUUUAUUUCACUCCUCAUAUCAUCAUGUAAGAUUGGGUUUCAUGAAAGACUAUUUUUACAAUAACGAAAUAAUGCAAAAAUAAUCCAUUUAACUUCAGUAGUUCGAGCGUAACUUCAAGGAAAAUCAAGUAUAAUACUCUAAGGACCCAUCAUUCUACAUUAUGUAAAAGAAAAUACCUGUGCAGUAGGAAGCAAAAGUAAAGAUUAUGUGAUGAACGAAGCUGGUUCACAUUUUAUAGAAUUGCUGUAUUUUUGUGAAAGAAGUAAUGGAUAUGAUAUAAAUUAAAGUCAUUUAUGAAGAAACAAGACAUUGACCCUAUAGUAAAGAUCUUUCCAUAGAGAUUAAUUGCUCGAUACAGCUAUAGAUUGGUAUUAAAGAUUAUGAUAAUGCAGUUUUAAGUAAGUCCAUUAUAGUGUCACAGUUGUGUGUAUAUUAUCAACUUCUAAGCUAUCAUCAUCUGUGAAAAAAAUAUUUAGUCACAGGUACUAGAGUACAAACUUCAGCUUUUCUUCAUACUUUGUAAAACUCCUCUUUUCAGCUCUCAUAAUACUGAGGAGAAUGAAAACAUUUCUUUUUCUUCAGCUCUGUACUUACCUGAAUAAUGAUGUGAAUUGCCUAUUUGUUCAGUGUAUAUUAUCUUUUUCUGUAUUUAAUAUAUUCUUACCAGUAUAAUUCUAUUGCCUAAGGUAACCGCCAGGUAAUUCUGACUGACUUGUUGUUUCAUAUUUAAGUCAUUAAACUGUGAAAAUUA